AUGGAGGUGGAGGAGGCGUUCCAGGCGGUGGGGGAGAUGGGCAUCUACCAGAUGUACUUGUGCUUCCUGCUGGCCGUGCUGCUGCAGCUGUACGUGGCCACGGAGGCCAUACUCAUUGCACUGAUCGGGGCCACACCGUCGUACCACUGGGACCUGGCGGGACUCCUGCCCAACCAGAGCCACGGCAACCACUCRGCGGGCAAAGACGAGGCCUUCGGGCAAUGGCUUCUGACCGCCAACGGCAGCGAGAUCCACAAGCACGUGCACUUUAGCAGCAGCUUCACCUCCAUCGCCUCUGAGUGGUUUUUAAUCGCCAACAGAUCUUACAAAGUCAGUGUGGCAAGUUCCUUUUUCUUCAGUGGGGUGUUUGUGGGCGUGAUCUCUUUUGGUCAGCUUUCAGAUCGCUACGGAAGGAAGAAAGUCUAUCUCACAGGUUUUGCUCUUGACAUCUUAUUUGCUAUCGCAAAUGGAUUUUCCCCUUCAUACGAGUUCUUUGCAAUAACUCGAUUCUUGGUGGGCAUGAUGAAUGGAGGGAUGUCGCUGGUGGCCUUUGUCUUGCUAAAUGAAUGUGUGGGCACCGCCUACUGGGCACUUGCAGGAUCCAUUGGCGGCCUCUUCUUUGCCGUGGGCAUCGCCCAAUAUGCCCUGUUAGGAUACUUCAUCCGCUCCUGGAGAACCCUAGCCGUCCUGGUGAACCUGCAGGGGACAGUCGUCUUCCUCUUAUCUCUAUUCAUUCCUGAAUCACCUCGUUGGUUAUACUCCCAGGGUCGACUGAGUGAGGCCGAAGAGGCACUCUACCUCAUCGCCAGGAGGAACCGCAAGCUCAAGUGCACGUUCUCACUCACGCAUCCUGCCAACAGGAGCUACAAGGAGACUGGAAGUUUCCUGGAUCUGUUCCGUUACCGAAUCCUCUUAGGACACACCCUCAUCCUGAUGUUCAUCUGGUUCGUGUGCAGUUUGGUGUAUUAUGGCCUCACUCUGAGCGCAGGUGAUCUAGGUGGAAGUAUUUAUGCCAACCUGGCUCUGUCUGGCCUCAUAGAGAUUCCAUCCUAUCCUCUGUGCAUCUACUUGAUUAACCAAAAAUGGUUUGGUCGGAAACGGACAUUAGCAACAUUUCUGUGCCUAGGAGGACUGGCUUGUCUUAUUGUAAUGUUUCUUCCAGAAAAGAAAGACACAGGUGUGUUUGCAGUGGUGAACAGCCGUUCCUUGUCCCUGCUGGGGAAGCUGACCAUCAGUGCUGCCUUUAAYAUUGUUUACAUCUACACCUCGGAGCUCUACCCCACCAUCAUCAGGAAUGUUGGGCUAGGAACGUGUUCCAUGUUCUCCCGAAUUGGUGGGAUUAUUGCUCCCUUCGUCCCCUCACUGAAAUAUGUGCAGUGGUCUCUCCCCUUCAUUGUAUUUGGAGCCACGGGUCUGGCCUCGGGCCUCUUGAGUUUGUUACUGCCAGAAACUCUAAAUAGCCCGUUGCUGGAGACGUUUUCUGACCUUCAGAUGUACUCCUAUCGUCGGCUGGGGGAGGAAGCCCUGUCCUUACAGACCUUGGAUCCUCCGCAGCCUGCAGACAAGGAGAGCCCUGUAGGGAGUGAGAGUGAGGAAGAGGAAGAGUUUUACGAUGCAGAUGAAGAGACUCAUAUGAUAAAGUGAAAAAGAGCCRGGACCGUGCUCAGAA